GGUCAGUUGAUUGUGUUUCGAACGGUAGUCAAUUUGUGAAUAAGCGUUCAGAAAGGUGAAAAAUGAAGGUUUUGGCAAGCUUCCUUGCGGUAGCCUUGGCCACUUUGGUAUCGGCGCAAUUCGAUACUCAUCAGUGGGCUGAUCGAAGCGGCAUCGUACAUCUAUUCGAGUGGAGAUGGAAUGACAUUGCUGACGAAUGCGAACGGUUCUUGGCUCCGAAAGGAUAUGCUGGCGUUCAGGUUUCACCACCAACUGAAAACAUUAUCGUUUCUGGACGACCAUGGUGGGAGCGCUAUCAGCCAGCUUCUUACCAUCUAAAUACUCGUUCCGGCAGUGAGAGCGAAUUCGCCAGUAUGGUAAGGCGUUGUAAUCAGGUCGGAGUAAGGAUUUACGUUGAUAUUGUUAUCAAUCAUAUGGCUGCUAUGUCUGGACAAGGAACCGGAGGUUCUUCGGUUGAUGGAUUGAACUUCCCUGCUGUGCCUUUUGGAUCAAACGAUUUCAACCCACGUUGUGAUAUUAACAAUUACAACGAUCGAUACCAGGUGCGCAACUGCUGGCUGGUUGGUCUGCCAGAUUUGGCUCUUGGAACUCAAUGGGUUCGCGAUAGAGUCGUUGAUUUGAUGAACAAGUGUGUCGGCUAUGGUGUUGCUGGGUUCCGUGUGGAUGCUGUUAAACACAUGUGGCCUGGAGAUUUGGAACACAUUUACAACCGUCUUAACAACCUGAACACGGACCAUGGAUUCCCAAAUGGAGCUAGGCCAUUCCUUACUCAAGAAGUCAUUGAUCUUGGUGGUGAAGCCAUUACCAAAUACGAAUAUACGCAUCUUGGAACGGUAACUGAAUUCCGUUACUCGGCCGAAAUUGGACGUAUGUUCCGUGGAUACAGCAGUCUGGCUUAUCUUUCCAACUGGGGAGAAGAGUGGGGAUUCUUGCCAUCACACUUGGGAUUGGCAUUUGUUGACAACCAUGACAACCAGCGUGGUCAUGGAGCUGGUGGUGAUAAUGUACUCACCCACAAAGUACCCAAGAACUACAAAAUGGCUACUGCUUUCAUGUUGGCUCACCCGUACGGCAUUAUUCGUAUUAUGAGCUCGUUCUUCUUUAAUAAUGGUGACCAAGGACCACCACAGGACGGAAAUGGAAAUUUGAUUCCUCCAUCAAUCAAUGCUGAUAACAGCUGUGGAAACGGAUGGGCUUGCGAACAUCGUUGGCGUCAGAUCUACAAUAUGGUUGGCUUCCGCAACGCUGUCCGAGGUACUGGUUUGAAUGAUUGGUGGUCCAACGGUAACCAGCAGAUUGCAUUCUGCCGUGGUGGAAGUGGAUUCAUUGCAUUCAACUUGGAGGGUUACGAUAUGAAUGAGAAUCUGCAGACUUGCCUUCCGGCUGGUACUUACUGUGAUGUCAUUUCGGGAAGCAAGGAAGGUGGAAGCUGCACUGGUGCCACCGUUCAAGUAGGUGGUGAUGGGCGUGCCAGCAUACAUAUUCCAGCCCAGGGCGAUGAUGGUGUUUUGGCCAUUCAUGUCAACGCAAAGUUAUAAAUUGA